UUGCUCAGUCUCCCUCUCGCCUCGUCCUCAAAUUUACAACCUUCUUCAGCAUCUUGAUUGCUCCAGAAUCUUACAGCCGACGCUACGCUAACAACCUCAUCGCUGUCCUGCGUCACCUACACCUGGUGCAUUGUCUUUAGUUUACGAGAGAUCGCGAAAGACGCAGCUCUGUCCCUGCGAUGAACUGAUCCUAUCGAGCCAAGUCCACCCGACAAGUUCUACUGUGGUAGCAAGAGACCAUCAAGUUCGCGGUCAACCCUCCAUUGACUGCUCCUUUCUGGUCGACCCAAUGACUCACUUCACACUGUCAGCAUUUCGAACAGAUCUGGAUGCUUCCUUCCCCGUAUCUGUUUCCUCCCACGAUCUGAAAUAUGCAAAGGAGAUGCAUUCCGACAGCUCGUGCACAUUCUGCGCCAUCAUAGCGCAUAAACAAGCCGCUCAUGUUCUGUUCGAGGACGAAUACACUAUGGCAUUUCUUGAUAUCUUGCCAUUAAGACGCGGUCACACACUUGUUGUGCCAAAAGCCCACUUUGCGACCAUCUCUGACCUACCGCCAAUACAUGCAGCUCGCUUGGCGCAAAGCGUGACACGUCUCUCGCGUGCUAUUUCGAGAGCAUUGGAAGAUCCACGCUUGCAAGUUAUUACGAAUCAAGUAUAUGCGCAAGUUGUACCGCACGUCCAUUACCACGUUGUCCCGGCGCCGCCACUCUCCAACUCUUUCCCUGCACAGGCCCUAUCUGACUCCUCGUCAUCAGCUGCGGACCACAACUGGGGCUCUCCUCCGAGAGCUGCACCGAUGCGCAACCUCAAUGCGCUAUGGGCAUCAAUAGGCCAUGGCCGAACAGAGUUGGAUGAUGAUGAUGCUACUGAACUUGUGCGACGAAUCCGAAACGCUGUUGACACAGAUAACGAAUUCCAGGCUGCGACUCUCGCAGCUGAAAAGACCAAAUUGUAGCCUCAGUACUCUAUCGUAGUUGCUUCUCCCUGAG